AUGAAACUUGAUCAUAGCACAACAGAACCACCGCAAAAGGAUGAAAUCAAGAAAAGUCCAGAACAGACUUUUGACAACAAAACAUUUGAAGUUAUUGAUACAAAACCAUCCCCACACACAAAUAAUGAUCCAAGUGAUCCACCCACAAAUAAUGCUGAUACCACAACAGAAACAUUGGGGAAUUAUGAAAUCAAGAAAAAAGCAGAUCAAACUUUAGACAAAAACACAUUUCAAGUUCUUGAUAGAAAACCAUUAACAAACGCAAAUAAUGAUGCAAGUGGAUCAAAACAAGAAGACAAUGAUGAUGCCAUCCCAUCAAUGAGUUCUGCCUCUAAUGUUGAAGAUGCAGAACCAAAUGACGAUAACAUCAAUAACGUGGAUAAGGCCAUAGACGAAUAUCAUGAUCCUAGUAGUUUUAAUGGCUCUAGUGAUAGUAGUAAUAGUAAUAGUAGUAGUGGAGGAAACACCACGGACGAGUACAUGUCCGGCAUUCUUGGGGUUCCUUUAGAGGUUCUCUAG